AUGUCAUUCUUUACCUCAUUACGUGAAAAGACUCUCGAUAAGAUAUCUGAAUCGUUCACUCCAGUGCUUACCAGAGAUGAGAAAUUUAAGCUAGAAUAUAAACUACCACCUGGUGAAGCUAUCAUUGAUGACAUAAACGCAGAUCUAUCAUUCAUCCCGGCCAAGAAUGCUCCUAGUACAGACAAGAAUUUUUGGGAAAAAAAUACUCCUCAAGAGCCAGCUACAGCUAUCAUCUUCUCAGGAAAAAUUUACUUAACAAAUCAUUUCAUUCUUUUCAAAGAUAUAUUUGAUCAAUCAUGUUCCACAUUAGUUCUAAACAUCUCGACCGUGAAAAGAGUCGAGAGAUCACCUUCAGAAUCAUACUCUAGUACCCUUCUUAUAACCCUUUAUUCAGGCUCACAACUCCUAGUCCAAUUCAUAGGUCUUAAGUAUAGAGCUGAACAGUUUUGUGAUGCCUUGAAGAAGAAUUUGAAAGAUAAUAUCCCUAAUGCGAAACUAUUAGUGGAUUUCUUACAAACGUGUUAUUCUGAGUUUCUAAUCGCUAAGAAUGUUCUUGGUAUGAAAGAUGUUAAACCACCGAGUGGUGGGUUGGGUCAACAUUUUAAAUACCCUGGAAAUCCCACAUUAUCGAAGGAAAAAGCCAAAUUGAAAUUAUGGUUUGAAUACUUUAAGAAUAAUGGGAGAAAUAUGGCCAUUUGGAAAACACACAUGUUCCAAAAAUUGAUUAGGAUUGGAGUACCUAAUAGAUUGAGAGGUGAAAUAUGGGAAAUUUCUAGUGGGUCUAUAUAUUUGAGAUUUGCUAACCCGGGAUUCUAUGAAAAAUUGUUGAUUGAUAAUGCUGGAAAGAGUUCACAAGCUGUUGAUGAGAUCGAAAAGGAUUUAAAAAGAUCGCUACCUGAAUAUUCAGCAUAUCAAACCGAGUUAGGUAUUAAAAGGUUGAGGAAUGUACUGACGGCAUAUUCUUGGAAGAAUCCAGAUGUAGGGUAUUGUCAAGCUAUGAAUAUAGUCACUGCUGGUUUAUUAAUUUAUAUGUCUGAAGAACAAGCAUUUUGGUGUCUUUCCAAUUUAUGUGAUAUUUAUAUACCUGGUUAUUAUUCGAAGACAAUGUAUGGGACAUUAUUAGAUCAAAGAGUCUUUGAAGCAUUUGUGGAAGAUAAGAUGCCGGUAUUUUGGGAUUACAUUGUUAAACAUGAUAUUCAAUUAUCGAUAGUAUCAUUGCCAUGGUUCUUGUCUUUAUUUUUCACGUCUAUGCCCUUGGAGUACGCUGUGAGAAUUAUGGAUAUUUUUUUCUUGAAUGGCGCCAAGACAUUAUUCCAAGUUGCAUUAGCUGUACUAAAGAUUAAUAGUGAAGAUAUUUUACAAGCAGAUGAUGACGGGAUGUUCAUAGCUAUUAUAAAGCAUUAUUUCCAAAAUUUGGGUGAAAGUGCUCAUCCCGAUUCACCAGAUUUGAAAUAUAGACAAAUCACAAAAUUCCAAGAAUUAUUAGUUACGGCAUUUAAAGAAUUUAAUGUAAUUACAGAGACAAUGAUUUAUCAAGAAAGACGUAAACAUGAAAAGGGGAUCAUGCAAAAUAUUGAAACAUUCGUGAAGAGAACUCAAUUACGUCAUAUGCCAAGGACAUUCCAUUUAACGGAGGAGAAUUUAUCCAAUAUCUAUGAUAUUUAUUAUGAUCGUAUUGAAACUCAUAAAAUUAGUAAAGGGACAGGAUCCUCUAAUAUGGUUUUUGAUGUCUUUGUUCAAUUUUUAAGUAAGAUAUGUGAUUGGUGUAAACCUUGUGAAAAUGAUUCUGAUCCGGCAUUUAGAGAGCAAAAAUCAAAUUUCUUGAGGAAACUAUUCAAUAAUUGGGAUACUGCUAAAAUUGGUGAAUUGACUUUGAAUGAUGUCGUCGUUGGAAUAGAUAAAUUGUUGACCCCUGAUUUGUUAGAAAUGGUGAAUUAUUUUUUCUCGUUAUAUGAUGAGGAUCAAGAUGGUGAAUUACAUCGUGAAGAUGUAUUACAAAUGUCAGAAGGUUUAUUAUUACUAACAGAACCCUGGAAAUCCGGUAGGUUUGUUGAUUUAUUGACAAAAAAAUCUAUUGAAGAUGAUAUUGCUGAUACCAUUGUGAAAGAAACCAUUACUGAUGAUAGGACAGGAGUAAAUUCAACUUUAGAUCAAAUUGAAUUACCAAGUGGUGUAACCAUUGACGAAGGAAAAUAUAGAGCAGAGCAAGCAGAACGAUAUUUAAAGGCAGCAAGCAAUUUCUUGCAACGAUCUUUCGAAUAUGCUCGGUCAUUAGAUAUUGCAGAAGAAGUUGAUCUUAUUGAUUUAUCUGACGAGGAUGAUGGUGAUGCAGAUUCCGCCAAGAAGGAGCAAAAGAAGAAAAAGUAUGAAUCUAUCUUAGCCAAUGUUGCCCUAGAUCCAACACAUCCGAAAGUCAUUGAUCUGGCUACAUUUAGAAUGAUUAUCUUAGCGGAUGAGACGUAUGAAUUAUUUUUCGCACAAACUUUAAGAUCAUCGAUACAUGUGGAUCAAUGCAUAGAAUCUGGUGCUAAUAAUAAAGCAUUAAGAGGUAUGUUUGAUGGAAUUAUUGCUGAUGGUAGAAGGGUUGCAGAACAAGUACGUCGUCGCGUUGAUUCUGUUGCCACUAGAAAUAGUACGACAUCUCUGGAAAGUGCAGGAAACCAAACAGUGACUAGUAUUAAUACAGCAAAUACAAUGGAUAGAUAUGAUGAUCUUGAAGAUUUGAAUUCAGAGCAACAAGGUGAACAUGAAGAUUUAUUGAGUAAUCCAUGGUUAGACAUUCCAGAUGAGGAUGAACAAGAAGGAGAAGUUAAAAGACAGGAGCUUCCUAUUAAUACUAUGACGCCCAAGGAGGGUGGAAAUGAUUUAAUUGAGUUUGAAGCGUGA